AUGACUAUCGUCCUGGAUUGCUCAGGUUGCCAAACCAUUUUAGACCCAGCAGGGACAGAAAAUUCUCUGUCUUAUAUAAAAGGUUGUAAGCAGAAGGGCAUAUGGCCAAUUACAAACCCUACCAAUAAGGUACAUAAAGCUAUCUACGAUGUGACCAUACUGAAUAAUGCUAGUAUGAAAAAAUAUUUUUGCAAAUCCAGGUACCAUCAAUUGAUAGAAGUAGAAUCCACGGCUGCUAUGAUUGACCCUCUGCUUCAAUCCGUUUCGUCUUUGCCCAUUGCACCCAAGGCUUACUGCUUCUGUGCAGCUACGUGGGAGCAAAUUUCCAUAGAGGGGUUAUUCCCCCUUAUGGAGUUUGCUCGCGUUACGCAGAUUAAGGGGAUGGAUACGUUUAUCCCUACAGAGGGGAAGAAGAAAGGCUGCAAAAAAAAAGGUGGUGGAAAAAGACACACUGGUGGAGAACCCCCCCACAAGACAGGCGAACAUUCAGCCAAGAAGAGUGCCUACGAGAAAAAUUUCAGCUUCUCCCUAAAUGUGGUGAAGAUGUUUUUUAACAAUAGUAGUGGUAAAGAACAUGCACAGGGCAGGACUUCCCUUGAAGGGCAGAAAAAUAACGCGCGCAUGGGGGAAUGCGAUAGUGUGGCUGAAACGGAGCACGGUGACCACCACGACCAGAGGGACUGUUCCGAGGAUGCCGCAUCCAGCACAGAGGGAAGCGAAGAGGGGGAAGAAAAUGACCACCUACUGGUCAGCCACGGAGUAUUCACAUACUGCCUAGUGGAAGCCAUUGUCGAAUUUAAAGAAUCACAAUUGAAAAAUAACAUUUCGGAAAGAAAAAACCAACCCCUCCUUCCAAUGACCUUAAAAAAUUUAAUAAUGCUUGUCCAAAAAAAAGUGGAAAAUGUAAAAAAUGAAAAAUUAAAAAAAUUAAAUCAAAAACCAGAAUUUACUAUCCACCCAGGAGCUAAUGCGAACAGUAAAAAUUAUUUUAUCCAUUAUUGUAAGAAUAUACAAUUUCAAAAUUAUAAAUUUAAUUUUAUAAAUUCUGAUUUGUCUCCUUUUUUAAAUGUUAAAAAAGCGUGGGAAGAAAUCAACAGGAACAGCACCGUCAAGAGUAAGAAGUCCCUCUCCGUCACGACCACUCUGGUUAAUUCGGCGUCUUCCAAGUAUUUUUCCGACACAAGUGGGCAGAUUAAAAGUUGCUACUCAAUGAGGUAUUAA